AUGUUAGCUAAGUUCUGGGAGUUGGAAACUUGUACCAUUAAGAGCACGCAUUCUGUGGAAGAAACGGCGUGUGAAGAGCUGUUUGAACAUACAACGGUACGUGAUGAAGAAGGAACAUUCGUUGUGACACUGCCGAAAAAGAACUAUGUUAUAAGUCAGUUGGGGGACUCGAAGGCAAUUGCACUCAAAAGAUUCUACGGGUUAGAAAGACGUUUUGCAACGAACGAGGAGCUGAAAACCUUAUAUAGCGAAUUCAUUCGAGAAUAUAUAUCGAUGGGUCACAUGCGUGAGAUUCACGAGGACACUAGCGAGACUAAGUCAUAUUACAUGCCUCAUCAUGCCGUUUUGAAACCCGACAGCACCACGACAAAACUGCGGGUUGUAUUCGACGCUUCUAGUCGUACGUCUACUGGAGUCUCUUUGAAUGAAGGUCUAAUGGUGGGACCCGUCGUUCAGGACGACUUACUAUCAAUCAUUCUACGAUUUCGCUUUCGACAAUUCGUAUUAGUAGCGGAUGUGGCCAAGAUGUACCGUAUGGUAAAGGUGGUUGAUACCGAUCAGCCGCUUCAGCGCAUUCUGUGGAGGGAAACUCCUACUGAACCCAUUAAAUCGUUCCAAUUGACCACUGUCACCUAUGGGACAGCGUCAGCGCCGUACCUGGCAACCAAAUGUCUUCAGAAGUUAGCGUGCGAAGGAGAGUCUACACACGCAGCUGCAGCAAGGGUAAUCAAGAAAGACUUUUACGUCGAUGAUAUGCUGACCGGCACAGAUAGUUUGGAAGAAGGAAAAAUGCUUGCGGCAGAGGUCAUCGAGCUCAUGAGUUCGGCAGGAUUUAUGCUGCGAAAGUGGAACUCGAAUAGCGCAGAACUUUUAUCGACCGUUCCUCAGGAGCUUAGGGAUACUCGAGCUUCCCUAGAGCUCGAUUCGUCAUCGUCUUCAGUUAAAACAUUGGGGCUGAUUUGGGAGCCAGCCUCUGACAGCUUUCGAUUCACUGUACCGUCUUGGAAUACUGGAGGAACAAUCACCAAGCGAGUAGUACUUUCGGACACAGCUCGGCUUUUUGACCCCCUUGGGUUAAUUGGUCCCGUGGUAGUCCUAGCGAAAAUUUUCGUGCAGGACUUGUGGAAGCAGAAGAACGAUUGGGAUGAAGUUCUGCCAGACAAAUUCCAAUCCUUCUGGACCGAAUAUCGUAGAAACAUUUCGGCAUUAGAGUCGCUGUCCGUUCCAAGAUGGACGAAUUUCAGCAACAACUUGAAAGCCGUAGAGCUUCACGGCUUCUGCGACGCUUCGGAAGCAGCAUAUGGUGCAUGCUUAUAUCUGCGGUGUGAAUUGGAUGACGGCUCAGUCACAGUCCGCCUGAUAACAUCCAAAUCUCGCGUCGCCCCAUUAGAAGAUCUCUCUCGCAAGAAGAAGAAGUUGUCUAUACCUCGUUUAGAACUCUCGUCCGCAUUGUUACUUAGUCAUCUGUAUGACAAGCUCUGCAGUAGCAUAGAACUCUCCGCCAAGGCAUAUUUUUGGACCGACUCUACAAUAGUCAAGUGUUGGUUAUCCUCUCUGCCAUCCCGAUGGCAAGCAUUUGUGGCACAUCGUGUGUCGGAGAUUCAGCAUCUCACCAAAAAUGGAGUAUGGAGUCAUGUAGCCGGCGUUGAAAACCCGGCAGACAUCAUUUCGCGGGGAAUGACACCCGUACAGUUACAAUAUCAAAGUUUAUGGUUCAACGGUCCGUUAUGGCUGCGUCAAGACCGUUCGACAUGGCCAAAUCCAUCGGAAGAACAACCAGUUCUCAACAAAUCUGUGUUAGAAGAAAGAGCAUCGACAUCGCUUCCUGUUCGAGGUAUGGCAAUCAGCGAAAUCUUCGCUUUACGUUCCUCGCUUCCGGACCUCGUUCGACUAGUUGGGUGGAUUCGGCGUUUUAGAUACAAUUCCACAAAUCGCGCAAACAGACGCAUUGGUAAUCUGUCCUGCGCUGAGUAUAAUGAAGCGGAAGUUGCUUUAGUACGUUUAGCUCAACGCGAAAGCUUUCAAGAAGAAAUUUCGGCCCUUUCGAAGGGACAAACGCUAAAACCAUCGUCCAUUAUUUUAUCGACUAAUCCUCGCCUGAGGGAUGGUGUACUUCGUGUUGGCGGCCGGCUAACGCACGCACCAGUUCCAGAAACUCGUAAACAUCCCAUAAUUCUGCACCACCAACAUCCAUUUACAAGGCUGGUGCUAGAAUACUAUCAUCGUAAACAUUUCUAUGCCGGACAGCAACUAUUGAUUGCUUCAGUUCGCGAAAAGUAUUGGCCAACCCGUAUUCGCAGUCUAGCCCGUUCGGUAAUUCAUCGUUGCAUUUCCUGUUUUCGAAGUAAGCCGAAAAUUCAUGAACAAUUAAUGGCUGAUUUACCUUCGGUUCGGGUUACACCUGGAGCAAUAUUCUAUUCAGUGGGACUUGAUUUUUGUGGACCGUUUCAAAUCAAAUACCCAGGACGUCGGAGUAACCCGAUAAAGACCUUCGUAUGCAUAUUUGUCUGCCUAGUAACCAAGGCAGUUCACAUGGAAGUUGUGGCUGAUCUUUCGACACAAGCGUUUUUGGCAGCAUUAAAACGAUUCGUUGCAAUUCGUGGGAAACCACAGACAAUUAUGUGCGACAAUGCUACCAACUUCGUUGGAGCAAAUAGAGAACUCGAACAACUACGACUACAAUUGUGCGACCAGCUGUGCCAGUAUGUUGUAUGCAAGUAUGCCGAAGAGUAA